AUGAAGAGCUAUAUAAUAAAGCCCAGAAAUUGCUUUCUACAUUUAUUAUCACCAUCGGUUUACUGGCGCCCAGUAUUGGAAACUUUCACGCAGAAAAAGAGCAUGACUCAAGUGUCUCGCGGUGGGGAUGAGACAGCAACGAUUGCUAGUGACGAAUACAUGGAGGCUGAGCCGUUAUUACCACUGAGUGAACCACGUUGGCCUACAGCAGACGACUCAUACUGCGAGACGACGUUAGGGACGCUAUACGAAGAGGAACACAUAAAGAGCAAUGCAAGCGCAGGCGUCACAGGUCAGGGAACCGUGCGGCAGGCGCAUGUGCAACGGGCUGAGGCAAUUGAAGGACCCACUAGGUUCCCACUGACCCAGAACAUCUACUUUAUCUGUUUUCUGAUAUGCGUGGGCUGCGGGUCGGGUGGCGUGCUGCUUACGCCUACCGUAACGCUGUCCCUCGACAAGGUUUGCGAGUACCUAGCCCCAGACGGAAGCACUAUCGGCUGCGACCGCACGCAGGUCCAAGAGGUGCUCUCAAACAUCGACAAGAAGGUAAGUCCAAUCCGAGGAAUUUUGUGCAUGCUGAUGUCCGCAUGGCUCGGACGGCUGUCUGACCGCAUCGGCAGAAAACCGAUUUUUCUCUACAUGGGGGUUAUCCAGCUGAUGUACCUCUUUCUGUGGUAUAUCUUCUUCUUCCAGAAAGCUAUCCCCUUUAGCAAGAGCGUCAUGAUAUUUGUCCGAUCAUUUGACGCCCUCGGCGGCGGCGUUAUGACGUUGCUUGCGACAGGAAACAGCUAUGUGUCCGACUUUGCCACCGCAGAAACAAGGACAGUCUACAUGACGGCGAUAACCAGCGUAAUCUACGCUGUCGCAGGCGCCGGCCCCCUUUUCAGCGCUCUGUUUACUCGCAUUACUCAGAAGUACCAAAGCAUUUCAUUUUGUGUGGCUUUGGCGUGUUGUGGGCUAUUCAUCGCCGCCAGCUUAGUAAUAAAAGAGCCCAGGCGCAGCAAACGCUGGCAGGAAAGUGGCAGCGAUUUCGCCCAGCAGGGAUUGCCGUUGGAUCGACAGUACGCCUCUUUCCGGGGGUUCCUCAAGCACCAUGCCAUGGCGAUAGUAAACCACGUGAAAGGCCUUUUCGCCCCUUUCAGCAGCCUAUGCGCACAGGAGGGAAACGGCAGCUCUCUUCUGUCUCCGUGGGCGGUUAUUCUACUUGUACUCAUCAGCUUGGUGUUCGGACCGAUCUCGCAGUCGCUCACCUCGGUUCUGGUCCUGUAUGCCAUCUUCGAGUACCACUGGGCGGACGAGAGAUUGGGCUAUUUCGUCUCGCUACUGGGAAUCUGCCAUGCGGUAUUUCUUUGGUUCUCACCGGGUAUUCUGCGGGCCAUGAGGCGGCGGCACUCGACCGACCCGCGCCACCUUGACAGAAUAGACAUUCUCUGCAUCCGAGGGUCGUUGUGGGCGGGCCUCGCCGCCGCCGCGCUGCUUGCGGCUAGCCGCCACGAAUCCACACUCUAUGUCUACGGGGUCGUGCACGCAUUCUCGGGCCUGCUGUACCCCACUAUCAAUUCCGCACUGCUGAAAUUUGCCCCCCCAGAAGCCACCGGAGCGCUGCUGGGUGCCAUGAGCAUGCUAAUUAGCAUGGCGUCCAUGGUCCUCGCGCCGCUGUUCUUCAGCCUAUACGAGCACACCGUCGCAUAUCGCCCGGAGAUCUUCAUCUACCUAGGGUUGAUCAUGAUGACUUUGUGCACUGCCUCGGGCCAUUUCCUGAAGGAAUCUUGA